CUCACUGAGCCAUUGACCUAAUGUCGGAGCCUUGUACUACGAGUCCUACGACCCCGCUGUCAACAUGAACGGGGUCCUGAUCCCGCACACGCCCAUCGCAGUGGACUUCUGGAGCCUGCGCCGGGCCGGAUCGGCUCGGCUCUUCUUCUUGACCCACAUGCAUUCGGAUCACACGGUGGGCCUGUCCAGCACCUGGGCCAGGCCUCUCUAUUGCUCCCCAAUCAGUGCUCACCUCUUGCAUCGACACCUGCAGGUCUCCAAACAGUGGAUUCACGCCCUGGAGGUUGGUGAGAGUCAUGUCCUGCCUCUAGAUGAAUUGGGCCGAGAGACCAUGACUGUCACCCUCAUGGAUGCCAAUCACUGCCCAGGUUCUGUCAUGUUUCUCUUUGAGGGCUACUUUGGAACCAUCCUUUAUACAGGUGAUUUCCGGUAUACGCCAUCCAUGCUCAAGGAGCCAGCACUGGCAGUGGGGAAACAGAUUGAUAUUUUAUAUCUAGACAACACCAAUUGCAACCCAGCCCUGGUUCUGCCAUCCCAAGAAGAAGCUGCCCACCAGAUUGUCGAACUAAUUCGAAAGCACCCACGGCAUACUGUAAAGAUUGGGCUCUAUAGCCUGGGGAAAGAAGUGCUGCUUGAACGCCUGGCCUUCGAGUUCCAAACCUGGGUGGUGUUGACCCCUCGGCGUCUGGAGGUGGUACAACUGCUGGGCCUGGCCAAUGUGUUCACCGCGGAGCCAGAGGCAGGCCGCAUCCAUGCUGUGGACCACAUGGACAUAAACCACUCAACCAUGCUCUGCUGGAACCAUAUCCACCCCACCAUUGCCAUCCUUCCCACCAGUCGCAAGAUCCGCCGUUCGCACCCCGAUAUCCACGUCGUCCCUUACUCUGACCAUUCUUCCUACUCGGAACUCCAUGCCUUUGUCACGGCCUUGAAGCCCAGUCGAGUAGUACCCAUUGUGCAGCGACAGCCCUUUCAGGAUUACUUCAGCGACAGCCUGAGCCCCAAGUUCUCGGUCCCUCAGAUUCCUGACUCUGUGCUGCAAUGCAUGAGUUCCUCCUCUUCCCAGAAACCAGACUUCCUCUGCUCCUGGUUAGAAAAGAGGCUGAAGAGGCCAAGGACUCCCGGGGUCAUAUUUGAGUCCCUGGAGGAAGCUGCUGAACAAUCUGAAACCCACAACAACCCCCAGGAGGCCAAAACUGUGCAGAAGAACUUCUGUGAGUACCUAGAAAUGCAGUUCUCCUUUCUUCCCAGGCAAAUCCAGAAGCAAGUGUCAUCCAACUGCUGCAACAGAGAAUUAGGGGAUGCCCCUCCUUCUUCCAAAUGCCAGAAAAUAAGUUCUGUCCGGAUUUCCCCCUUGGUACAGGACGUUUCGGAACACAUCAAGUCUACAGAUGAGGGAUUGGGCACUCUGGAAACCAAAGAGGAAACUAGUGCUAAACCUCCCUUGGGAUUUAGGGGAGACAUUGAUGGCCCUGGAGUCUCAAGAAGCCAUAGAGCUUGGUUGGGCCAGAAUUCUUGGCUAUUUCAUGAAAAGUGUGCCCCUGUUCUGAGUUCUGAGUUCCAGGGCCUGGCAUUGAAAUACCUCCUGACUCCAGCGAAUGAUUUCCAGGCAAGGUUCUGUUCCAGGGAGUUUGACCAGCAAGUUCAAAAGUACCAUGAAUCUUUGCUGAAGUGCAGCCAAGAGAGAACUGAACUGACAUCUUGUUUGACUUAACACUGCACUAUGGGAGAGAAUGACUGAUGGCUGAUCAGUGGUUUUGUUGGGGGCUUUACAUUCCUGUCUUUUUAAUUUUCUCAUGGGCUCAUCCCAGCUUCAUUCAUUCAUUC